UCUUAAAAAUACGCUUCUAACCUCUUAAACUCUUCCACCCACACUUACAAUUAACGUUCUCCCCUCUUCUCCUCUCUGACCCACCCCUGCGCCACCCCGCCGCUCGCCGUCGCGCCGCCCUGGGCCACCCCGCCGUCGCCGUUGCGCCGCCCUGUGCGCUUGGAGCAGUCGCGCCACCUUAACACCUAAAGGUAUUGCUCUAAUCUCUUUUAUUUGGCUUGGGCAGUGGGUAUGUAUGAAGAUUGGCUGAAAUUGGCUUUGGGUUUUGUUGGAUUGAAGUUUAAUUUCGAAUUGGCAACGAUGAUGAAUUAGUAGUGUUUUACUUAUAUUCUUGGUGAACUAUGAAUUUAUAAUAUAUAUAUAAAAUAUAUUUAAAAAAAAAAACUAAAACGUAUUUUUGACGUAUUGUAUCUUGAUUUUUGGAAAAAUGACGUAUUUACGUCCCCGUACCGUAUCGUAUCCGUAUUACGCAUCCGUCCCCAUGCUUCUUAGCUUCCUAGUAUCACUCAUUGUUAUAGAAUGGAGUUUUUUGCUUUAGUGUUUUUGUUUCUUAUUUCUACUUUGGGACCCGUUGUCCCUUCUUACUUUUAGUAAUAAAGCCUUUUCAUUUUUUUAGAGUGGCACAUAUAUUAACAUUGAAAGGUACAACAAAAGUUUCACAGUGGAGAAAUAUGGAUCAAGAAAAAUAUAUAGACCAUGAAUUACAAAGUGAAGGGCAAGAAACACAUUUAUCAGAAAUAUGUGAAUUUCGUUGAAAUUAAAAACAUCUAAACUGAGAUCAAAUUAUACCUAUUAUCUGUCUUUCAAAAUAAAGGAUGGAUGUUCCUCCAACAAAAAUAAAUUGAUUUUCAGAAUAACUCAAAAUAAUUGUUGAAUUAUUUCAUUCGAGUUCAGAACACAUCUAUCCUCCAGAUUAUGCGGAAGAAGCUCUUAAGCCGUGAAGCCUUAUCAGUAUUCAAGCAUAAGCAACAGUCAAAGAUCCGUCCACCACCACCUGUUUACUCCCCUGUAAUUCGAGUAUCAAAUAACAUAGUUCACUUGGGCCUCCCAAAAGAGGGUCCAAAACCACGGCAGCUGCUGUCUUUGCCCCCAUUUCCAGGCCACCCUUUACCUGGGAGGAACUCAACAUCGGCUGCAUAUGUCACUGCCAUAAGCUGGCUCAGAUAUUACUUCAAUGAAAUCCCUCCAUUGGUCAUUCAGAAGCAUUUUAAUGAAGGCCUAGUGCAGAGUACAAGAGGUCUGUCAAGAUGCUAUGAAGGACAAGUGAUGUCCACGAAGAAGAUUAGACCUAAUGACAUCAUGGAGGUGGGUGCUAGAGUUCACGUCCCAGUAUCUGUUGCUGAAAGUAAAGUCUCUAAAAGGUUUGAUGUUAUACCAAGUGCAACACUGAAUCCAAAUGCUGAUGAGAUCGAAUACAUACGGAGACUUGUGAUGUACAAGGACUCUGCUAUACUAGUGUUAAAUAAACCCCCUAACCUGCCUGUAAAGGGGCCUGUGACAAUUCACAACAGCAUGGACGCCUUGGCUGCUGCAUCGUUAUCAUACAACUAUGAUGAGGGUCCUAAGUUGGUAUGUCGACUUGACAGAGAGAGUAGUGGUCUCCUCCUAAUGGGAAGAACUAAGGAAAGCAUUUCCUAUCUUCAGUGGUUGUUCAGUGAUACGAAGAAGACAAUGUCCUUUUCUAAGGAAUGGAAUGAUGCUUGUGAUACCACCUAUCAGAGAUAUUGGGCAUUGGUCAUCGGUUCACCCAAGCAAAAAGAAGGCUUAAUUUGCGCCCCGUUGACAAAGGUUCUUCUUAACGAUGGGAAAACUGCGAGGGUCAUGUUAGCUCAUAAUUCAGGAUUAGAAGCUUCCCAAGAAGCAAUUACUGAAUAUCGUGUACUUGGUCCUAUUAUCAAUGGAUGUUCAUGGAUUGAACUGCGUCCCCGUACAAACUGCAAACAUCAGCUACGAGUUCAUUGUGCCGAAGCUCUUGGCACUCCAAUUGUAGGUGACUACAAAUACGGUUGGUUUGUUCAUAGCAGAUGGAAGCAACUGCCUAGGGUGGACUACGAGGCCACGACGGGAGAACCUUACAAAAUGCGGAGGCCUGAGGGUCUGGACGUCCACAAAGGUAGUGUCUUAUCUAAAGUGCCACGUCUGCAUUUGCAUUGCAGGGAGAUGGUACUGCCCAACAUUGCUAAGUUUAUUGAGCUUCACAAUUGGCAAUCAAGAAAAAGUGGCGUGGAUCCCGAGGAACGUGAUAUCCUCCGUUUCAUUGCCCCCAUGCCUUCCCACAUGAAAAUUAGUUGGAACCUCAUGUCCUCUUACUUGGUAUGACGACGGCGAUUUGACUGGAAUAUCAACUGUUGAUGAUUUUCUGUGUAUGUUUUGGAGCCUCAUGCACUUAGAAUUUGUGGGCUUUCAUCAAGUGCAUGACGUUUUAUGGUCUUCGAUUAAUAGUUUUCGAUGUAAUUAUCCCAAAUCAUGCAAAUUCGUCUAUCACGAUCCAAUAUUUGAUAAUAACAAAAUUUAGUACUCCGUUUGAAUA